GCGCACCACAUCACACCGGGAGCGCACGGGAACUUAGAGAAAAUUAUUUAUUUUUCACAAAUCUGCCAAGAUAAAAGAUACAAUUUCGAUCUUUCAUCCUUUUUUUGGAGUAUAUAUUUUUCAUUUCUCAUCCAAGAUUAUGACGAGUUCUGCACAGAUGCCUGACUUGACUUGAGGCUGUAGCAGAGAAAGCGAAAUGGAGACGUUCACACCGCCUGAUAUCUUCAACUCAACUGACCUGAACAAGAUUUUAUGUAAUUUGGGGAUCAAGAAUAUUUCGGAGUGCGAGAGCGAGCAGGAUCCGUCACCCGAACCAAAAGAUAUCAACCAGACGGUGAGAAUCGUCCUCUACAGCCUCAUCUUCCUCCUCAGCGUCCUGGGAAACAGUCUUAUCAUCGCCGUCCUGGUGAGGAACAGACGCAUGAGGACAGUCACAAACUUGUUCCUGCUGUCCUUGUCCAUCAGCGACCUGAUGGUGUCUCUGGUCUGCAUCCCCUUCACACUCAUCCCCAACCUCAUGAGGGACUUCAUCUUCGGCACCGGGAUCUGCAAGCUGGUCAUGUACUUCAUGGGUGUCUCUGUAAGUGUUUCCACAUUUAACCUGGUCGCCAUCUCCCUGGAGCGAUACAGCGCCAUUUGCAACCCACUGACCUCCAGAACGUGGCAGACUAAAUCCCACGCUGCCAAAGUCAUCACCGCCACUUGGGUGGUAUCCUUCAUCCUCAUGCUGCCUUAUCCCAUCUCGAGCACCCUCAAGCCUUUCACCCGCCUCAACAACAGCACGGGCCACAUGUGUCGCCUGGUCUGGCCCAAUGAUGUCAUCCAGCAGUCCUGGUAUGUUUCCCUGUUGCUGCUGCUCUUCCUAAUCCCGGGGAUCGUCAUGAUGACAGCCUAUGGACUCAUCUCCCUGGAGCUGUACCGGGGCAUCAAGUUUGAGUUAUCGAACAGGAAAUCCACCAGAGAGAGACAAUCCAGCACGAGCAGCAUCAAAACCGGGGACAGUGAUGGCUGUUAUCUCCAGCAGACUAAAAAAAAAAACAUCGCAAGCAACGUCCCCAGCUCCAGCAGCCAGCCCAUGAUGGGCAGAGUGUGUGGUAGCAGCUCCACAGCAAACCUCAUGGCCAAGAAGCGCGUGAUCCGCAUGCUUCUGGUCAUUGUCUUCCUUUUCUUCAUCUGCUGGACACCUAUCUUUGUGGUCAACGCAUGGCAGGCAUUCGACCGGCGCUCGGCCUACCGCUUAACCGGCGCACCCAUCUCCUUCAUCCACCUGCUCUCCUACACCUCGGCCUGUGUCAACCCCAUCAUCUACUGCUUCAUGAACAAGCGUUUCCGUCAAGGCAUGCUGGCUACAUUCACCUGCUGCAGCUGUUUGAGGAGUCGCGGUGGAGAGAGCGGCGGUGCGGGGAGGUCAACUGUAACUGGAACAGUAAAAGGGGAAGGGGGCAGAUUUAAAGCAGGGGGGAAGACCAAUGAGCAGAAUGGUCAUACAUCGCCAAGUGGAACCAGCACACGCUUUACCUACACUGGGAUCCGAGCUUCAGCCUGGAGUGAACUCACUUAAACUGGAUAGUUACAAGUGUGUGUGCUUGCUAGUGCUCAAGCUUGCAAACAAGGCAAAGGCCUCUUAGAGCUUAUAUGAUGACUUAUAGAGCAGCUACACUGCUUUCGUUUUCAGCGUGACAUGACAUUAGUGCAAUAGUUACCAGAACUUCUGUACUUACAGUGUAGUCACAGCACACUUUGAUGUCCCCAGUAGCUUGCAGAGUCCAGGUUCUUGUCUGGUCACAUAGAGCCCUGAAGGAAAGAAGAAAAAUAAUCAGCUUACCAUUCAUAAACUCUCCUUUAGUGUGUCUUUAUCUCAGCUAUUUGUAACUCCUUGUCUAGCUGUGCAAGGACUCUUCAAUCCAAUAUUGAUUGACAUGUCUAUUCUGGGCGGA